UGUUGCAUAGCAACCACUGCAACAAAUAAAAAAGGAAAAGGACCCCGCGACGGUCGUCACGUUUUGAGAGCAACACAAACACAGACACUUGUUGAGACGCAACGUGGCUCCUCGGUUUGAACCGGACUUUGAGGAGAAGACACCUGAGGACAUGUCGAGGAACAAGACGCAGCUGAGAACACGAGGCUUCUCCGUGAAGGCCACGAUGAAGAACUCCGUGGUGGUGGGUCCUCCGGCCGCGGGGGCUUUUCGGGAACGCCCCUCCAAACCAACCACCUUUCGCAAGUUCUAUGAGCGUGGAGAGUUUCCAAUGGCACUGGAGCAUGAUGCCAAAGGAAACCACAUUGCAUGGAAGGUGGAGAUUGAAAAACUGGACUACCUUCACUACCUGCCUCUGUUCUUUGACGGCUUAUGCGAGACGGCUCAUCCGUACGAGUUCUUCGCCCGCCAGGGAGUCCAUGACAUGCUGGAGCACGGAGGCCCCAAGAUCCAGCCUGUCGUUCCCCAGCUCAUCAUCCCCAUCAAGAACGCCCUGAACACCAGGAACCGCCAGGUGAUCUGCACCACGCUCAAAGUCCUGCAGCAUCUGGUGAUGUCUGCAGACAUGGUGGGAGAGGCCCUGGUGCCGUACUACCGGCAGAUCCUCCCCAUUCUCAACAUCUUCAAGAACGUGAACAUCAACUCUGGAGAUGGUAUCGACUACAGCCAGCAGAAGAGAGAAAACAUCGGUGACCUGAUCCAGGAGACCCUGGAGGUGUUUGAGCGCUACGGAGGAGAGGACGCCUUCAUCAACAUCAAAUACAUGGUGCCCACCUACGAGUCGUGCAUGGUCAGCUGAAGGGCGGGGGGGGGUCACUGUCACGUUUAAACAGACUCUUUGGCACCGUUCAGACCUAAAGUGAACAUCCGCCCAGUUUCAUACACUGGUUUCAUACAUUAAUUUUGCCUUGGAUUUGUUUGUGUGAAGCGUAACCUUGUUUAGAUAAGUGCUGUACAAAUAAAGUUAUUAUUACUAUUAUUAUAAUAAUGCAUCAGAUUCCUCAGGUCAGAUGUCAGCCAGUCUGAAUGGGACUACGACCCAACUCUUCUUCUUCCUCUGCUCUGUUUUCCACUCCUCCUGUAAUCAUCAUUAUAACAGUAAAAGUUUGAUUUUGAGAAAGAUGUUUUCCUCAUUGAAAUAAAUCAGCAUGUUUAAUAACUUA